AUGUUUGUACACGGUGCUUUAUGGUUACAAAUUCUAUUUGUACUUAAUAUAUACAUACCAUUGGAUAUUGUAAGCGCUUGGAAGCAUCAACAACUUUUUCCUCCGCAUUUAAUACCAAAAGAUGCGUUAGACACUCGGCGUGCGAUUGUAAGGCGAAAAAUAGUGCUUUAUCAUAAUUUUUUUCGUUCUAAAGUUCGGCCUAGCGCUUCAAAUAUGUUGCUGAUGUCAUGGCAUGACGGUGCAGCGCGCCAAGCACAGACGUAUGCAGAAAGAUGUAUCUUUCUGAGACAUAACGACGCACGAGAAAACACAGUGCCGCAUCUUGGUUCAUGUGGCCAGAACUUGUUUGUCGCUGCACAGAAGACCCCUUGGUUCUUCGCUCUGAAGACCUGGUACCUCGAAUAUCAGAACUUCACCUACGGCUAUCCUCGGUAUAAUCUUAAAAACAUCGGACACUACACUCAAAUGGUGUGGGCAACCAGUCACAAGGUCGGCUGUGGAAUGGCUUACUGUAGAGGAGGUCCGUGGGGACAUUUCUAUAACUAUGUCUGUCACUAUUGUCCUGGAGGCAAUGUUGACAACAUAACGCAUUAUCCGUACAAAAUCGGGAAGCCGUGUGCGGAUUGCGAUGGCUCCUGCAUAUCGGGACACUUGUGUACAAACUCAUGCCGUCAUAAAGACUAUUACGCAAAUUGUGCACAACUGACUCGACUCUCACCUGAUGUUUGCGACCAAGGAAUCUGCAAUGCAACGCGCGGAGUCCGGCGCGCGGGCAUUGCGCUACCGGCGUCCACACUUAACGACCAUCUGCCGCCCGGCACCCGGCCCGCCAUGGUCUGCGACGAUGGCUUGCACGCCUCAUCGCCUCACGUGCCGCGUAAGUCACUCCGCCGCCUCGCCUCUACACGCGGCUUUAAGCCUCGCACAAACGAUUACGGUUGGAUCCGCGUUUUUGAAGGACUAGAACCUUUUGCUGUUGACGCGCCCAGCAAACUCGUCAAGGUCACUCUGAACACCACCGUAGAAGAAGUAAACCGAAAUCUUGGCUUCAAUGAUGAUUUGUCACUAUGGCUUCAAAUUGGCGGAGAAAACUCUAGACGACUAGAGCUAGAUGAGUUUCCAUUGCGAAUUCAAGAGCAGUAUUUGGCAGUAUGUGGAUGGAAGUCGGAAGCUCGAAGGUUGAGGAUGGCUGUCGAUCCAGAGUUACGGCACUCUUUACGUUGGUGUGCUGGCCCAGCUCCACGAUCUGGUGGUGUGCAUCGAUCUGGUACUGUUAAUGUACUAAAGGGGCAUGUGUUUCCUCAAUGGAAACCUCGUCCAACCUACGUUAUAGGUUCGAGACUGCAUUCCUACGGCACUUCCUGGGAGAUGUUGGAACUCAGUGGAGGCAGUAUUGAACUGUGUGAACCGAAGUCGCAGAAACUGGUGCUCUGUGUCAAACCGCGUUGUCAUGGCAACAAUGUAUCCGGAGAUAACAGUGUCAAUCAUCUAUUUCUCGGAUUUAGCACCAUUUGGGAAAGAAAUAUGUGGUUUUGUUGGUUAAAAGAGGGUACACAAAGUACUCAACCACCCAACGUCCUUGACUUGUGUGGUGGUGGACGUGCAUCCCUAGGGGUAACGCUCGCGCAGCAUGCAGCAGGCCCAUUCUCAAUACGAGUACUGCGACUACGAUCUAAUACCUUGACCUCGGUUCCAUCUCAAGUAUGGUCUCUGCGGGCUCUCACAUAUUUGGAUAUCAGUGACAACAGAAUCCAGGAGCUUCCACAGGAAAUAUGUCGACUAACUCAGCUGGAGGAGCUUCAAGUGAGCGACAACGAGUUAAGGUCGAUCGACUGCGUGCUCCGACUGUCGCGCUUAAGGAUACUUGUGGCUUCGCGAAACCUCAUUACGAACUUUGGGGAGGUUAACGCAGCACAGAUGCCUCCUGAAGAUGAAAAUAAAUCGGAAUAUCAAGCACCUCUCACCACUGUGGAUUUGCGGCAUAAUAAGUUAAAGGGCAGCAUCAUACUAGGAAACUAUGAGCACCUGGUGUCUUUGGACGUAUCCUAUAAUAGUGUUGAAGUGCUAGUGGUAUCAGCAUUACGAGGUCUACGGGAAUUAUAUGCUGCGCACAACAAACUUCAGCAUCUUGCGUUACAUGGUGCCAUGUUAAGGACCCUCAGGGCGCCUUUCAACCACCUUGAAACGCUAACGACUACCGUCCCACCGAUUAAUCUUAUCGAAAUUGACGUGUCACAUAACAAGUUGACUUCAUUGCCACAAUGGCUUAGUGGAUGUUCUGAUCUCACAACACUACACGCAAGUAACAAUCAACUAACGUCGCUUCCAGAACAUUUAUUCUGCAGUGAACUCUCUAGUCUUAGCAGCCUUCAUCUUGCCCAUAACAAAAUAUCCUGUAUUCCGUCAAUGCCAAGAUUACGGGCGCCUUUAAGAGAAUUACUUCUUCACAACAAUUGCAUACAGUCUUUACCAGAAAAUUUCUUUUCAGUGUGUGAUAGAUUAUGUGUCCUGAAUCUUACAAACAAUCGACUUAGUCGAUUACCAAAUGCAAGAGGUCCAUCGUCACAUUGUUUGGAACGACUUUAUUUAACAGCUAAUUGCUUAACAGAUGAAGUGGCAGAUGUAGUUAUAGCAUUCAGAGGAUUAAAAAUACUACACAUGGCAUAUAAUUGUUUGACUAUUUUACCAGAGGCUUGUAUUAAUUUUUGGCCUGAUAUUGAAGAACUCGUAUUAUCUGGUAACUGCCUCUCAAGAUUACCUGAAAAUAUUCCGCAGCUUAAUAACAUUAGAAUAGUAAGGGCUCAUUCUAAUAGGUUACGUUCGGUGCCUAUGUUUGCUUGUAGUGCAUCUGUAAAAAUAUUAGAUUUUGCCCACAAUGAGUUAGAUAGUAUAGAUUUACGAUUACUUGCUCCGAAACAAUUGAAAUUUUUGGAUAUAUCAUGUAACAAAAAAUUGCAAGUGGACCCGUCGCAAUUUAGUGCCUACAGAUGUCAGCGACCAUUAAGCUUAGUUGAUGUGACAGGACGGCAUUCUUUACCAUGGACACAAAAAAGUGGUUAUCACGAAGAGCUAAACGGAACUACUCCUUGGACUACAGGGUUUUCUGAAUGUCCAAACAAAUCGUUACAACUAUGCUGUGCACAAAUUCGUCUUCCAUCGUUUUGUAACAAAGAAGGUCUGUUCGCCAUUAUUGAUGGUGAAACAGAUACAGAGGUGCCAAAAGUAUUACAAACAUGCAUACCUGGGUUACUGCUUGAGGAAAAAUCAAUAAAAGAGACUGUAACCGAGUAUAUGAAAUACGUUGUCCUAUCCGCACACAGAGAAUUAAAAGAAAAGGGACAGAAAAAGGGAGCUUGUUUGAUUAUGUGUCAUUUAUCUCCUAUAACAGCGGCGGAAAAUGGUUUUGGUCACACUGCCAAAAAAUAUAGCUUAAGGCUCGCGAAUGUCGGUGAUACAAAAGCAGUCUUAAGUAGAAGAAACGGUCCUUUAAGUUUGGGUAUAGAGAAUAACAAACGUUUAGGAUAUUCUACUCGAUAUCCCACCACCGUGCCUGAUCCAGACGUCAUACAAACUGUUAUAAAAGAGGAUGAUGAGUUCUUAAUAUUAGGGAAUGGAAAAUUUUGGAGUGCUGUCAAUAUGGAAACCGCGGUAUCUGAAGUUAGAGCGGAACGCAAUCCCGUUCUGGCAGCUAAAAGAUUACAAGAUCUAGCUCAGAGCUAUGGUGUGGACGACUGUAUAUCUGUGUUAAUAAUACGGUUUGACGCAGCGCGAUCGGAUGUAGAUCUGUUGAUGCGGGAAUUAAGACAGACGAUAAAUAGUAAUAAGUCAGUAUGUAGGUCUGAUUGUUGCUGUUCGCGGUUGGAACCGUGUUGCCAUUCAGUGACACCUCCGAAACCGAGUAGUGAUCGUUCUUCACCGAGUGGGCAAAGUGAUCGCCCAUUCAGUGAAGUGGUUGGACACCAACACUACGCUAGCGUGCGGUCACAGGCUAAAGCAUCUGAACGGCGUAGUUGUAGAGGUGGUGUGGCAAGAGCAAUUCGAGUGCGAGUUGAAGAAGAUAAAGAGGAUGAUCACAGAAAUGAAGAAAUAGGAAAUCCCGAAGAACAGUUUAAAUGCUGGGAGUAUAUGCUUGAACAAAAUACUCAAAUGUUAUUUGAUAAAGAAUUAGAUAACUUAUCUAAAGGUAUUAGAUCUAACGUCAGUAGCUUAAGAAACUUAAAAGGUUUAUCAGGUAGUAGUCCUCAGUUACAUUUAGCCGGUAAACAAUCAAAAGGAGUACCAUUUUUAUCCAAACAUUUUGGCAGUGCCCGAUCAUUCGGAAGCGCAUUAAAACCAGAUUUUCGUUUUGGAUCAGGUAGAAUACCAAAUGGUGGCCCGAAUGCAGCCUACUUUGGAUCCCUACAGCGGCUCAUGCCCUACCAUUUAGAAUAUGAUUUUGCUGUGAUAGAAGAGAAAUCAAAUCAGGAUUCAUUGGACGUCGAAAAUCGGAUGCAACAGUACUGGGGGGUAGCCACAACGGAGUUAUAG